AUGUCCCUUGGGCGACCUACUCAUAUUCUGAGACCAAGCAAGGUAAUUGGUGCCAUCAAGACUGAUGGGGAUAGGUUGGGUAGUAUCUUUGGUGUUCGGGAGAGUAGUAUAGUAGGAGAAGAAGAAGGACCUGCUUUCUGCCCGACGAAGAAGAACAUACAAGAAGCCUUGAAAUGGCUUGUGGAGGGCUCAGAGUCCGGAGACUCAUUGGUGUUCUACUUUUCCGGCCAUGGCCUCCGACAACCUGAUUUCAACAACGACGAGCGAGAUGGAUUCGACGAAACUAUUUGUCCGGUCGAUUUCGUGCAGGAAGGCAUGAUCCUCGACAACGACAUAAAUUCCACCAUUGUUCGGCCGCUCAAGAAAGGUGUCACCCUCCAUGCAAUUGUCGAUGCUUGUCACAGUGGAACCAUUCUUGAUCUAGAGUACAUAUACAACCCAAAAACAAGUAAAUGGGAUGAUAACAGCGCUCCUUCAAAAGCUCAAAAAAGUACAAGCGGUGGAAUUGCAAUUUCUAUAAGCGCUUGUGAAGAUGAUCAAAUGGCUGCCGAUACCUCUUAUUUCACCGGACAGGAAAUGGCUGGCGCAAUGACGUAUGCUUUGAUCCAAACGCUUGACAGAAAUAAAAAAUUGACAUAUCAAAGUCUACUGAAUAUAAUCCAUGAAACCCUCGAGCAGGUUAACAGUGGAAGCUGCCUCAAAUCCAAGUUAUUACACAAAUUGUUUCAUCACCGAAUAAUUCAGGAUCCUCUGCUAUCAUCGUCUGAAGCGUUCGAUGUUGACAAGAAGGAAUUUAUUCUGUGAAUCAGACUGGGAGGAUGCCAUU